AUGAAUUGCGUAAUUAUAGCACACAUACUGGCUUACUUGUAUGGUGAAGCAUUUUUAAAUACAAUAUUUGAAAUAAUAAUAUGUAUAACAUAUGGAAUAUUAAGAUUAGUUAUAAAUCAAUUUAUUCCAAAGAAAAGUAUUUUAGAAAAAUUAGUGAAUGAUCUUGGUAGAAAUGGCACGAGGGAAAGAAUGAUUAUUUAUGAUGAUAUAGUUAUUAUUGAAAGUAUGUCUUCAUUUGAGGUUAAAUCUAUUUUAUCUACAAAGAAGUAUUCUAAGAAUUUCAAUAGUAAAUUUUUUAAUAAAGAAUUGACUGCUGUAAUAGAAAGAAUACCAUCUGAGUAUCUUUCUAGUGUAUCACAUAACAUAACUAAGAAUCUUGGGAAUCCUAAUGUGGUAUUAAAUAAUGAUAAACCUAAAUCAGAUAUAAAAUCAGAGAGUUUUAAAAAAUUUAAUUCUCUUGUUAAUCAUUUUAAUGAUAUUUUACAAAUCAAUCAAAAAAUAAACAAAAGACAAAAAGCUAUUGAUCAAAUUAUUACUCAUAAUGCAUUAAAAAAUAAAAAGAUAGUAGAAAAUAAUCAAAAGUGUUAUUAA